AUGUCGAAAAGGAGGUUCUUCUCUUACCAGAGCACAUUUUCGGGAAAGUUGAGGCUUCAUGAGGAAGACAAUGUAAUUCUCCGGGUACUUUCUUUGGUUCUCUGGACUUUGACUCGAAUCCCUCUCUGCAAGCACAUUAUAACUGUCUCAGGAGCAGAUGAUAAUGGUGAAGGUGGAAAUUUUGCUUGGGGCUUUCAAGUGCUCCUUAUGCAACAGCGGAUGAGUAUUCUUCUUACACUUCUGAAACACCUCUCAGAGAGACGAGAGGCAGUUUGCUUGUAAAGGAGUUCUUUGAUAAACAUCAUAAUUCUCGAGUUUUGUUGCUAUUGGUUGUGGUUUUGGGAAUCAGCAUGGUUAUUGGCGACGCUAUUCCAACUCCAUCAAUCUCUGGUAUUAUUUCUAUCGUACAUUACAUAUAUUUUCCAUGUGAAGUUAUCGAUUAUGUUACAUAGCUUUAUGGUAUGGUUCUGUCCAUAGAUCCCUAUGAUAAGUUUUAGCUACCGCACAAUGUAUUGGCCUCCAAGAAUUUCAUGGCUUUAUCUUAUUUUGUUGCAUUUAAUGGAUAUGCAGUAUGUGUUUAUGUGUGUGUGACUGAGAGGGAGUGAGAAACCUCUUAAUGUGAAGGAAGGAUUGAGUGACAUCCUUUAUUAUAGAAAUCCCUAUGGAAUUGGUUGUUUAUUAAAGCAAUAGUUCAUAUAAUUUCAU